UUUAGUGGUGGGAUGAAGUCAUGGAAAUAUUUGAUGGGUGGCUGGACCAACAUUGUUCCCUAGGGAAUCGAACUAGACGACAUUCGUCUUUCUGCCCAACUUAUUUCAGUCAUUUAGAACAACAGAAGCACAUUCCUACCAAAGGACACCUGAGCCAGGCGCUCAAAGAAACCGGCUAUGAUUCGGAUUCGACGCUGGUGUUCAGAAGAAGGGAGGACGCCGUCCACCAUUUAAGUCCGAAAGAACAAAAAGAGGCCUACAAGACAAUACAAAAGGGCGGCGAUGUACCCCUCCACGGAUUACGAAAACCGGCACCCGAAAGACCUAAGGCUCCAGAAUCGCCGAGGAAAUAUGUAGAAAACGAGGUGACCAUUCACUACAAAACGCCGGUUGUUCAGGAAAUAAAGGAUCAUCUGUCAGAAGAAGAACUGGCACGAAGACAGGCGGCCCACAUGCGACAGGUUUAUGAAGAAGAGAGACGUAAAAAAUAUCUGCAACAAUUACAAGACAUGAACAGUAGAAGACACACGGACAACUUCGUGCCGUCCCAGAAAUCUCCAAUACCUUUGAAUCGUUACGACGACUUCCCUCUAGAAGUACCGAAGAUCAGUCCGCGACCCAGGUCACCGGAACCGAGGCUCGUUGCCCGCGCCCUUUACAAUUUCGUGGGCCAAACAGCCCGCGAGUUGACCUUCAGGAAAGGCGAUCUCAUCUACAUUAAGAGGCAGAUCGACAAAAAUUGGUACGAGGGCGAACUUAACGCCAUGAUGGGACUAUUCCCAGCCAACUACGUCGAAAUAGUGCCUUACGAUGGUGUAAAAUCGACGACAAAGAAAGCUCACGAGGGACAGGCUCGGGCCAAGUACAAUUUCAUAGCGCAGACGCAUCUGGAAUUGUCGUUAGCCAAAGGGGAGCUCGUGGUCAUUACGAGAAGGGUCGAUGACAAUUGGUUUGAAGGGCGCAUAGGGGGACGGAAGGGCAUCUUCCCAGUGUCGUACGUUGAAGUGUUGGUGGAACCUGGAACCCCGGCACCUCCAGCACCUUCGAAACCCGUGGGUUCACCGGCUGCUCACACCCUCCUGUUAAAUGGUACAGCAAGCGGGAUUGAGUCGAUGGGAAGUCACAGUUACCUUCCCCCAAGUACCCAGCAGUUUACCAGCAGUUACCGUGCCAAGCCGGUUACCAUAACCAGCAAUGGUUACGCGUCCCUGCCCCGUUCGCCCAACGCCCCAACCUCGAAGAGCCCUUACAGCGAAGCCCUCCACAUUGAUACCCAAAACGAACCCCUAACGUACCGAUCGCUGUAUAAAUACCGACCUCAGAACGACGAUGAACUUGAGCUUUUAGAGGGUGAUAUUGUGUAUGUUCUUGAGAAGUGUGACGAUGGGUGGUUUGUGGGGUCGAGCCAAAGAACCGGUCAUUUUGGUACCUUUCCAGGGAAUUAUGUCGAAAGAGUCAAUUAAUAUUCAUUUGUCACCCUGUUCUGCUUUCGUUGAUUUACGAAAAUUCAAUUUCAACUUCGUGUUAUUCUUCUGUUUUUGCAUAAAUUGAAAUAAUUUUUUCUUUUUUAUUUUAUGAACGCAAAAUUCUCGGAAAUGUUUCAAACGUAACCAUUUGUAUUUUAUUAAUAACAAUAAAUUGUUAAAAGUGCCUAGUCUAGAAAGAGGGACUUGAAAACUUGUUAAGUUAACUUUCUAGCUAAUGUAUUUGGUAGGUAUUAGGUACCCUUAUUGUUCUCGUAAACCGUUGCCAAAAAGAAAAAGGAAAACAAUAGUUUAGUGACUGUAUAAUUCUAGUCAUAAGCCAA